AUGAAAGGUGAAGAUGUUAAGCCUGAGGAAUCUGUUGUCAGUAUUGAACUGUGGGAUUUUGCUGGACAACACCUGUAUUAUGCAUCCCAUCCUGUAUUUUUAUCAUCACGUGCGCUAUAUAUCUUGGUGUGCAACCUCAGCAAGUCAUUGCAUGACACAGCCAAACCCUGUGUGAGACAAGGGUCUCGUGAUGUUGAUUUGGAAAACCCAAAUGGGGAAACAAAUCUUGAGAAUUUGUUGUCUUGGUUGUCCACAGUGCAUAGCGUCGCACAGAUGAGAAGAGAAACCUGUGAUGAUGAAGAAGAGGAGGUGCCUCAUUAUUUGCGCCCCCCAGUGAUCAUUGUAGGGACCCAUGCAGACAAACCAUUUGAAGAUAUUGAAACAAUGAAAACAGGAAUCCAGAACGCAAUUGCUGGUAAGGACUAUGAAGGACAUGUGGUGCGGCCUAUCUUCAGCAUUGACAACACUGCAAAAUUAACUCAAAGAAAGAUCAAGAAAAAAGUUUUCGGGAAAGAUGAAAACAUAGAUAAGAUCCAAGCUCUACAAGUCAAAAUCUUGGAAGUGCUAAGACAGGAGCCUUACAUUGGGGAGAGGAUACCUAUGAGGUAAAUAAUGGUUAUACAAGAAUAGAAUCCAUUAAAGUAAAUAUUAAAAAUAAUUUCAAGAGUUGAGUUGUGAACGCACUGAAAUUAGGGUUUUUUUGUAUGGCGUUUGUUUCCGCCAGUCCUGGUAAGAUUAUUUUUUUUGAUAUGUAAUGUGUUUCAGGUGUCAUCAUUAACUUGUUGACUGUGACGCUAUAUAUAAGUGUGACCGCAAAACAUCUAAAGGCUGGUUCAUUGUAGUCCUUUACUUUGGUUAAAAAAAAUUACAGCGUGUACAGAAAAAGUUCAGUGAUUCCUGAAUGAGCUACCUGGCGGUCAUAAGAAAUGAAUAUCUCGUUGCUUCGUCGUUUAGAAUUCCCGGUCCAUUGAGGUCAACAAAAAAUUUCCCGUACGGGUGGGGGUUAGUAUUUUGCUGUUUUUAUCCGUGACACUUCUAAAUGAAGCAUACAUGCGGUAAAAACAACAAAACGGUUUAGGAGUACUGGAAACAAGUUUGAAAAAUAAAAAAGAUGGCGGCCGAAACGCGGAGAAUUUUUUUUGGCUUUCAAAGACGUUUUCUGGGCAUUUUCUUCGCGCUGGCUACCCCUCACGGGUUCAGGUCAAAUUCAAAGGAAAACAAAAACCCAGUUUUUAUCACAUUCCUUGGUUUAAAAGACUGUGGUGGUUUUAAAGGCAGACGAGAGAUGGCACGAUAUCAGGUGGUACCGUUCGCUAUUUCUGCAAACUUUGGUUGUAAUCUUCCCGCGAAAGUCUACGCAAGUGAAAAUCCAUACAAAAAUGGCGAUUUUUAGUUGGUUUUUAGCGCGAAAAACCCAGUGAAAUCCGAUAAACUGGCAUUAAUCGAAGGUAAGAUCUUGAAUUUGAUGUUUUUUGAUAAUUAUUAAUAUUCCGGUGGUACCCAUUGAGAUUUGGUUACGAGUAACUCACAAUCAGAGACAAAAAACUCUCAAAGUCGCUUCAGUCUUAUUAUUCCGCCAUAUUUUAAAGACCAAAUCGUGGCUCGAAUGCGGCUCUAGCCUGUUGAAUUCCCGGAUGUGACCGGGCAUUCUACGCGAUGUGAAACAAGUUAACCAUAAAAAACACUUCUGACUGGAAAGUGGGGGCUAAUUGUCCAUAACGUGGGGGCUAGUUGUCGAGGGCUAAUUGUCUGGGGGGCGAAUUGUCCAGAUUCCUCUGCCCUGAAGGGUUUGAUAAUCUUAUUUUGAAUUGGCCGAAAAGCACUGCAUGUGUACAUUUCAUUGUCGUUUUAAAAAGAUAAAGUAAAGUGGAUCACACACCCGUUCAAUCUGUAGUAAGCUGCAUAAUACAUGGUGAACAUUCAGAACAUGACCAGCUUUUAACUCAAGAAAGACCAUUUUAAUACCAACUAAUAAAAAAUCUUCAUGGUUUUUCACAUCUCAGCAGUCAUGUUUUGGAGCGUUUGCAUGCUUCUGGCACCGGUUGUUCAAACGAUGAAUCAGUAUCAAGCGGAAAAAAUAUCAGUAAACCUAAUGGCACUAUCCACUAUUUAUCCAGUGAAAAGAUUUAUCCACCUUUCGCACAACUGGGCCCUGUACUUUAGUCAGCACAGGUAUACUGUGUCGUUACAGACAUGUAUACUUUAACACGCGCCAUCAGUUUUCUCUUUGGUUUUGUAAACUAGGUGGCUGAGCUUUGAGAAAGUCAUCAACGCUUUGCUUUCCAAGCCAGUUUAUUACCUGAGUAUAACAAACCUAAGGACCCAUGCCAAGGAGAAGUGCUUCAUCAGUGACGAUGAAGAGUUUACCACCAUGGUGAAUUUUUAUCAUGACCUGGGGAUAAUUAUCAAGCACCGUAGCACAGUCACCUUGAGUGCCAAGUGGCUGAUAGACUUGUUCGGGCAGCUGAUCACUAUUCCAGAUUUUAGGAAAAUGGUAAGAAAGACAUUUUAAACGUGUUUUCAAACUUACAAUGCUUUGUAAUGGCCCCCAUUUUGGAUGAAAUCAUGGGUGUCAAACCGUGCCGUAACAAAUAAAAAUGAUUAUGUCUCAUACAUUGCACGCUAGCUUUCGUGUGUGACAUCAGCACAAUCUACCUUUAAAGGGGUGCAAUGGAAGCACAUUGCAUGACUUGUAGAAUUAUCCUCAAGUGUAGUCUUAAAGGAACGUCUCACAACAAAAAAAAAAAUGGAAAGAUACAUAUACGUCUGCUGAAACCAGCGACUCUUUAUGUCGAACAAUCAGAACGCACUUUUAUAGUUUCUGGAAGUGAAAUUUGGACCUUAAGAAUUUUCCGGAGAGUAAACCAAAUAGAGGAUUCUGGCAUUUACGUGACGCUUUAAAGAGCAUUCUAUAGAUUUGAAAUCUGAGGUCUGUUUAAAAGGCUAUGAUCUUUUUUCGCCCCCAGAAAGAUUUAUUCACAGUUAUACUUUCUAAUCAGUCUUUCGUAACUUUCAUUUUAGACGUGUCCUCACACAAAUCCGCAAAUUACAAGGAGAAAAGUUUUCCUUGAAUGUUUGCUUAAAAUGUUUAGUAGCUUAUUUCUUUUAGAGAACUUGCUAAACUUUAUUAGUAUAACAUUUAGAAAUGUAAAAUGAUCCUGGAAGAAAGCUAUUUUGAAUAGUUUUGUGAUCAUUCAAUCAAUCAAAUCAAUCAAUCAAUCAGUCUUUAUUCUUCGUAAGAUAAAAAGACAUAUCUUAAGUUACAUCAGCAGUUAGGAUUCUAAAAAUACAUACGACAUACUGUAUACAAAUAAUAGAAAGAUUAAAGAUUAUAUCUAAAAAUAAGCCUAUUUACAAAAACAUUCUUAAAUGUAUCAGUCUUUAUAUCCUAGCGAUGAGCACUUUUGUUUCUGAGUUGUUACUUUGUUUCUUUCUUCUUCGGAAAGAUGUUACUAAGCUGGCAAUCGGGAUCCACUGAACGUACCUUGAAAAGCUUCUUAUCUGCCUUUUCUAAAAUUUCUCGAAUGUCCAUUCUCUUAGAUGUGUAUUUCCUUUUAAAACAUCUAUCCAAAACGUUUUGUAUGACCGUGAAAUCUGAGUCUACAGCGCUAUAAACAGGCAGACCAUAAGUGAUAUUCGGUAAAACUAAGGCGCUAAAUAGGUGGCUACUUCAACUUGACUAAAACCUUCCAUCCGUAAAAAAUCUUAAUACAAACAGACACUAACAGUAUUUGCCUUAAUCAACUUAGCAUGUACGUGUUCGCUAUAUUUACAAUUCUCCUGAAACCUAACACCUAAAAUGAGCAGUGAAUGUUAUUAACUUGCACAAUAUCCUGAAUAAAACCUUUCUUGCGAAAAAUAAUUUCUUUACAUUCCUCUUGUUAUUCCGUCUUAGGUCCCUAAGUUUGCAAAGCACUGGAAGGAGGUCGAAGAAAGCGGUGUUCUCAGCAUGGAACUGCUUGAUCAUGUGUUUUCCAAAUUUCUUCUGGAGGGCGUUGCUAGGAAAGACAUUCUGGAUUUGAUGGAACAAUUUGGAUUGAUUGCAAAAUUUUCAUCUUCAAAGACAGGUGAAAAGUAUUUCGUUCCAUCUCAACUCAAAGCUUCGCCUGAUUCCCUUUGUUCCAUAGCGCCCUCAAGGCUCGACCCUUGUCCUCUGUUUGUUUACUUUGUCAGCGGUUCUGUUCCCCAUGGUCUGUUCACUCGGCUUGUUUCUCGAUCUGUCCGUUGGUGUUCAGAGGCUGGUCCAACUCAGCCCCCUACCCUGUACCAAAAUGGAGCGUGGUUUAUCAUUGGGAAGCAAACUUUCCAUGAUUUUGUUCUUAUUUGUAAGAAGCAGUUUAUUAAGUUUUUUAUCAAGCAAAGAAACCAACUUCAGCAGAUCUCGGUGGAUGGCACAAGUGAGGUAGCAGUGCAUGUUCGUGAGUUUGUGGAGGCAACUUUGCAAACUUUGUCACGUGAUCUCUAUAAAGGUGGAUUGCAGUAUCAUAUUCGGGUCGCCUGUCCGUAUUGUCAGCGGGAAAAGUGUUCAAGGCAUGAUCAGAUUGCAUGUUCUCAUGAAGAUUGUCUUCAUCUCCUUGAGUUAAGACAAGGCGAUCCUCUGAUUUGCAAGAAGAAACCUGUUGAGGAGGUACUCACAGUUAAGGGACAGCAAAAGUGGUUCUCGCAAGCAGAAAGUAAGGUAGGUAGCAGUGAAAUGCGAUCUCUAGCAGUAGUCUUAGCAAAUUUCAUAUAGCAAGUGAAUACACAUACUACUAAUAAAAAAAUUAUGUCCUUAAAAGAUGGCCAUCUAUUUAAAAUAAAAAGGUUUCAACAAAGUCUAUGCAUGUGGUUUGUCAGGUUAUAGUGUGAUGUACAACGUAUGCCUUCAUUUAUCCUACCACAAGCUUCCUUGCAGUGUAUGAGAAGGCUUUGUUGCUGUCAACUUAACGAACAUUGGUUCUUAAUAUCAAGUCGGUUGAUAAGGUCAAUUGGCUACCAUCUAUUACUAAUUGUUAUUGGCCUGUUGACAUUAAGCAGUGGGUAUAUAACUUUUUCUCAAGUCUUUUUAAUGUGCUGUUUUGCUUUAAUGUUGAGUAAUACGUUUAUAGCAUCUAACGUGUUGAUAACAUGUUUUGCAAACUUUCACUCCAAAAUGUAGAAACCCCCAGAUGUAAAAGUUUAUAUUUUAAAGUGCACAAUUUUGGUUGCUAUGCAGGAGGCGUGUACUCAAUCAUCAUCACCUGAUACUGCACAAGCUCGUCCAGAGAGUCUUGUACUAAGAGUUGCCCUUCUCGCGAAUGAGUGGGGGUCGUCCAAGGGUGGCUUGUCAACGAUAAACAGAACUCUUGCCAUACAUUUGGCAAAAGACGCAAACGUAGAAGUCACCAUUCUUGUACCUGAAUUUGAGUGUGGCGAAGAGGAUAAGAGAGCUGCCGAAAGUCACAACAUUGCCAUCCGGGAAGCAGAGCGCCUUCCUGGCUUCAGUGAUCCUCUUGACUGGUUGAGUUUUCCACCAGAUGACCUUGACAUUCAGGUUGUGAUCGGCCAUGGAGCAAAGCUUGGCAGACAAGCACAAAUUAUCAGAAAGUCCCAUCGAUGCAAGUGGGUGCAGGUUGUUCACACUGAGCCUGAAGAGCUGGGGAUGCAUAAGAACUAUCCAAGCGCCAUUGCCAAGGGAGAAGGGAAGAACAGAGCUGAAGUUGACCUUUGUCAAAUUGCAGAUCUCGUUGUAGCCGUUGGACCCAAGUUGAAAGAAGCGUUCUCGUCCAAGUUGCGUUCAUCUCGUCGAGAUAUCCUUCAACUGAUACCAGGUUCCUUCGCAGAGUUUUCAAACAUUGAACAUGCUGAACAAGAAAGUGUAAAUUUCAAAGUGUUAGCCUUCGGUCGCGGUGAUUUCGAAGACUUUAGUCUUAAAGGAUACGACGUUGCUGCUCAAUCCAUAGUUGAAUUGAAGGACAGUUCCUAUAGUCUUGUUUUCGUUGGUGCACCCGAUGGAAGGCAGGAUGAAGUCGCAGAAAUCUUACUCCAGACUGGCAUUUCAAAGAACCAGCUGAUUGUCAGAUCAUUUGUGAAAGACAAACAAAGAUUGAGAGAGUUGUUUUGUGAAGUCGAUCUGGCCAUCAUGCCAUCAAGAACUGAGGGGUUUGGUUUGACAGCAUUGGAAGCCAUGUCAGCUGGUCUUCCCAUUCUGGUUAGUGGAAACUCCGGAUUUGGAAAAGCACUGCGUGGUCUUCCAAUGGGUGAAUCAUUUGUGAUCGACUGUGAUGACCCCAAGGAAUGGGCAAAGGCAAUUGCAGCCAUCCGUCAAAAAUCAAGGACACAGCGGCUUGAGGAAAUUCAAAGACUGCGAAGAUGUUAUGAUGAAAGAUUCUCUUGGGAGAGACAGUGCCAGGCCCUUGUUGACAGGAUGUGGAAGAUGGUUUAUGGUAAGAAAUCAAAUUUACCGAUAGGAAAGUAACAAUAAUAAUAAUAAUUAGUACUUGAAAAUGUGAAAAUGCAUAUCUUAUCAAGAUUAUCCUUCAUUUGACCUUCAUCAUUCAUCGCUGUAUGUCCAUGGCUUCUGCAACAGCGAGUGCAUAAAUACAUUUUUACUACAUUAUUUUUCGUGGUCCAUGUGCAUCGCUGUAGAAAUGUUGUCAUUAACCUUUUUAACCUUAAUGUUAACAUUCACACUCUCCACACUGUUCUCCAUACAUAUCUUGUGUUACUGAUUAGGAGAAUUUGUUUAAUAAUCAAGAUCUUUUUUACCGGCUUACCAAUUCCAUUGAUUAUUUUCCAAUUCCCCAUAAUACACUCUGUCUGCCCCCCAAAUUUUGCAUAACUUAUUGUCUUAAAAUGCUUUUGGGAAAAUGCGAUACUCCCAGGAGCAUUUAAAAACAAUGGUUUAUGCAAAAUUUGGGGGGCAAACAGAGUGUAUUAUGGGGAAUUGGAAAAUAGAGAAUUCUUUAAAACUUUUAAGUAUAAUUUUAUAAAAUGUUGGCUACACUUGAAGGAGUUAACAAUAAAAGAAAAUGAAAAUCUAUAACAUUGCGAUACAUCAAAGUCAUCUGAUUUCUAUUCAUAUGCCGCAGUAAUGGUGGGGUUCUCUUGUAUAUAAAAAGAAAAUAACAACAAAAGCCCAGCCAAACUUUUGGGUUAUAACUUAUUACAAAAAAUGAAUGGAGGGCUUUUAAGGUUGGAAUUUUUCUUUUUUUAAGAGUGACAUUUUUUUGUUAUAAUCAACACUUUUUGUUUAAUUUACAGGUCUUGAAAAAACCAAAGAAGGUGACUUUCCACCGAACGACUGUGAAAAAGUUGCUGCAGCAGGACCGAAGGCAGGUAAUGUAAUUGUUUGCUUUGUCAAUAAAAGCAAAGACAAAAUUUAUUUUGCAGUAGAGUGCGGUUAUUUUCUUCUGUUGAACAAGGGUGCUUUCGAUUAUUCCGAUGCUUUUAGCUUUUCAAUGGUUAGUGUAGCAUCUCCGAGUAUUUAAAUUCACUGCUAAUUUUAAACUUUAUAGGUGUUGAAAAAACCAAAGAAGAUGACGUUCCACAAAAUGGUUUUGAAAAAGAUGCUGCAACAGGACCGAUGGCAGGUGAUGUCAUUGUUUGCUUUGCCAAUUAAACCAAAGCCAAAAUAUAUUUUUGCAGUAGAGUGAAGUUACUUUGUUCUUUUAAAAUCACAGUAAUGUUUCUGAAAUUGUCGACUGUUGUAAGCUUCAGACCAAUGCACUGUGCUGCACCUGUUUUAUGGAACUCGCUGCCAUUAAGUAAAAGAACAAGUAGGAGCCUUGCCAUUUUUUAAAAGCAUCUUAAAACAUUUCUUUUUAGGCCGGAGAGCUUAUAAUUUACUAGAAUAACUCUGAAGUUUAGUGCUUAAGUUUGUAUAGAAUUAGACUUUUUAGAUUUUCGCAGAGCAUGGAAUUUUUUUAUUAUUAUUAUUGUUAAUAUUAGCUUUUUAGGAAUUUUUUUUAAUUGUAACUUAAUGUGAAGCGCUUUUGAAUAUUUUAUAGUUCUAGUACAGGGGGGGCCCACGACAUAGUACUAGGCGCUAUUGGAGUCGUGGGCCCCCCCCUGUUCUAGUACUAUACAAAUUCUUUAUCAUUAUCAUGAUCAUCAUCUCCUAUAAAACUGGCGCGAAAUAACCUCGACCGUAAAAUUCCCAAAAUAAUCUCCGGAGCUUAUAUUUUUCAAAGGUUCUUUUUGAGGGGCUUCUUUUUGGAGGGGCCUAUAUUCGGAGGGGCUUAUCUACGGAGGGAUAUUUGCGUUUCAAAAUCGAUUAAGCUUCCCUUAUAGAUGGAAGUAAAUUUACCAUUUUUGCUUUGUUUCACUCUGUAUUUGAGGGCAAGUACCAGCCCCCGGGGGGCUUAUAUUUGGAGGGGCGAUUUAACGGAGGGUUUUUAGCGUUACCGGUCUGGGGGGCUUACAUUUGGAGGGGCUUAUACAUAGAGGGGCUUAUUUGCGGAAUUUUACGGUAUCUUAUUUUGUCUUUUUCAUCUUCCGCUUUCAGGUGAACUCAUUUUCCGUGCACUUCAACAAAUCCUACUGGAAGCACGCAUAGAGUCCGGCAAAACCGAGCUUUCGCAGGCUUUAAAGAGGAUUGCCUUGGAAAAAGGUUUUGCGAUUUCUGACAAUCAAGGAGAGGGAAACUGCAUGUUUUUUGCACUUUCAGAGCAGCUUGACCUCAUCAAAGGAAUUCAAAUGUCCCAUGAUGAGUUACGCCGAACUGUUGUUCAACACCUUCGGGAAAACCCCAGGCUGGUAAGUAUCUUAUUACCUUAUUAGGGUGCACACAUUUGCAGUAUACGAGCAUAGCCGUGGCAUUUGCCCGCUACAUUGUUUUAAUUCCUCUUAAAGUUAAAAACAAUAAGGCCCUGUCCACACGUAUCCGAAAUACGCGUCCACACGAAGCGUAUUUGAAUCUUUUUCGCCCGUCCACGUAAAAACGCUAAAAUGAUUGAAAUAGGAAUAGCAUCCAUUUACAGAGCAUGCGCAAUGUUGUGUUCUAAGUCCUCUGUAUUCGUCCAUCCGCACGUCCUUUUCUAAAAUCUCCACUCUUGGGAACAUUUGUGAAAACCUGCUUCUUCGGCGCCCGAAAAUGCCGAUCACGUGUGGACGGAAGGCUAAAAUGGACAAAUAAAUAUCCGAUUUAAAAAUAUAUAUAUCUGGAUACGUGUGGAGGGGGCCUCAAAUUCCUGCGAUUGGAUGUGAUGGCUUUACGGGUUUGCUGCAAAUAAAUCCACCCUUUAUGAGCAAAACAUCAGCUCUGCAUGAGCAUCACGCUUGUUUGUACGUUGCUUCGUCGUUCACUGCACGACUGCGACGCAAAACGUCCGUAUGCGACGUUUUGUGGAGGGCACCGAACCCCCUACAGUGAAUUAUUGUUUUCGGGCUUGGAUACAGUAAUUAAGAACUCAAAUCUAAGACAAUUCGUCGGCUUAUGUUAAAUUAAGCAUUAUGAUAAAGUUUGAGAGAACACUCAUUCUUUUCCCAAGUUACUUUCGAGUCGGAGGCAUAAAUGGAUACGGAGAAAUUUUUUUACCUGUUAUUGUCGGCUCGAUCGUCAUGCUCAUGUCCUAAUUUAUUUUUUAACUGUACGGUAUAUUGCUGAACUUGAAAUGUCGACCAACACAAGUUUUGUGUGAACAGGAUAUGACUACACACUGGUUUAAAAGUCAGAAUUUCCAAACUCAGAUUAUUUUAACAGUAAACAUCCCUUCCCUCCUCUCUCUCUCUCUCUUACACGUGUAACGGACACCUCCCUAAAAGUGUUGGUCCCUGCCGUUCUUAACUGUUGUUUUUUAACAUUUUUAAGGAGAGUAGUGUAGGUCACACAGGUUAGACCCCUUUUUGUAGUCGAAUCUUAUCACUGUGAUGACAUGACAUCUUUAUCUCAGCAAUAAAAUGCGGUGGAAUCUCUUCAAGAUAACGUUACGAGCUAUUUUUAUGUAGUAUUUAGUAUAUCCAAUUAUUCUUAUAUUGAUGAUGUAACUUGUUGGGGUCUUGUCCUUAUUUUGUGAGAAUGAUGCCGUAGAUCAUUUUAAAUUAUGCGCGUCAUGUUUUUAUUUGGUCAUGAAGACACCUCUGAGCCAUGACGCCUUCAUUGUCCAUUGCAGACAACUUAAUCUGUGUUCACACUAUACCGUAUAGUUUUUUCGCGGGCACGAAAAUCAUAUCGGAUGGGGUUUCAGUUCACACAUAAGAACGGUGAUUUCGGCGCGAUUUCUGUUAAACGGAGAGAAGCUGUGCCCCGCCGAUCUUUUAAGUGGAGAGUCACAUAUCGGAUAGAUGUUCACACUUUACUGGAUGGCUUUUCGUGUCGUCACCAAAGCUUAUCUGGUAUAGUAUGAUCAUAGCUUUAUUGUUCUGGUUCCGGUUCACUGAUUCUUGGCGCGCAAAGGAGAUAAAGACGUCAUCGACGUUAAUAUAUUCCACUUUAAAAAAGACGUCUACCUGGUCCGUCCUAUACUACUAACGUGAACAAAUCUCUGCUUUAAUACUUUUCUCCUAAAACAGUGUACACCAUACUAGUGCUGAUACCAGCGGGGUCGGUCUUAGAGAGAACAGACUUCGUGGCUGUCUAAAUAAAUACCUUCUACAAAAGUACUCUACAUUUUCUCUAUUAACUAUAGUAUUUUCUUUCUUUCUUACAGCCGGAUGGGACAGAACUGUUUCAUUUUGUUGAUGGAUAUAAAUCUUGGGAUACUUACCUCACAAGUAUGAUGGUAGAUGGUACAUGGGGUGAUCACGUGAUUCUACACGGCGCGGCAAACUGUUUUCAAACGUGCAUCUACGUGAUCAGCAGUCUUCCGCAUCGCCAUGAGGUAAUGAUCUGCCCAGAGUUUGAUGUUAGUGGUGGCAACCGGCUUGUGCUGGGUCAUGUGCACGAGCUUCACUAUGUUAGCCUUAUUCCACAUAACGGAAGUAAAGAUGUCUGA